CUAAACUUCAAGAUAACAGAAUAAGUCCUAAUAUGGAGAUGUUGAAAGGCUUCAUCUUUGCGUGGCUUAUUGCUUUUUCUUUAGCAACAAUAGCUGUUGCACAAAACAACCAAACAGGAUUCAUAAGCUUAGAUUGUGGAAUACCAGGAGGUUCUAACUAUACUGACAUAAUAACAGGACUAUUUUACACUUCAGAUGUAGGUUAUGUGAGUGGUGGAGUGAACAAUAGCAUAUCAGCUAAAUACCAAUCCGAUUCCCUAGAAAGGCCAUAUCUCACACUUACAAGCUUUCCAAUAGGGACCAAAAAUUGCUACACUUUAACUCCAGCUCAAGGGAAUUUGGGCAGGUACUUGAUAAGGGCAAGUUUUCUCUAUGGAGAUUAUGAUGAUGGAACUGACCAAUUCCCAUAUUUUGAUCUUUACAUUGGAGAAAAAUAUUGGGACACAGUCUCAAUUUAUAAUUCUUCUAUACCAAUUCAGAAGGAAAUUAUACACACACCUUCUAAUGACUCUAUAAAUGUUUGUCUUGUCAAGAUAAAUACUACAACUCCUUUUAUUUCAGCCUUGGAGUUAAGGCCUUUGAAUAUUACCACAUACAAAACAGUACUAAAUAGUUCAAUGGAACUUUCUUUCCGUCUGGACUUGGGUUCCUUAACCAAUGAAUUCGUUAGGUACAGCGAUGAUGUGUAUGAUAGAAAUUGGAGACCAAAUCAACGGCAGAAUACGGUAAUUAUUCAUACAACCGAAGACAUACUUCAGAACAGUUUCGGACUACCGUUAUCGGUAAUGAGCACGGCGUUGACACCCGAUCCGGAGACUGGUCCCAAUCCCAACUCGUUGUCCUUUUCCUGGUACUCUGCUAAUGCCACGGACAGGUAUUACUUAUACUUUCACUUUGCCGAAGUCGUCAAAUUGUCGGAGACAGAGACAAGGGAAUUCAGCAUUUAUAUCAAUGACAACCUAUUUUAUGGACCUAUGUCUCCCGGCUAUUUGUCGACGACGACGGUGUACACAUUGACUCCGGGCAGUACUGGUAUCGAGAGGUACGAUGUGCUGAUUAAUAAAACUGAGAUAUCAACUCUUCCGCCACUCAUUAAUGCUAUCGAAGUUUUUAGAGAGCUAAAAGGAUAUAAAACGGAUAUUUAAGAUAGACAACACGAAAAUGAAUCAGCAUCCGACUAUGGUGUGGAGUGAAUUAAAAGGAAUUUUUCAUCAAGGAAAUCCAAGGCCGAGAUGAAGAAUUUUUGGGUGCGUGUGUUCUUGUUGUACAUUUUGUUAUAUUUUACCUAUGUAUGUGGAUGAAAGCUAGUUCAAUUGACGGGUAAUUUUGAUUUUU